ACAAGGUAUUAACUAAAAACAAAAAUGAAUUUCAGGAUAAAGAAAUUAUGAUUUCUGUUAUUACCGUAAAGGGGUAGAAUGUUAUAUUUAUUGUUUAUUCCUCAAUCCUCUGCCAACUUAAGAAAGCAUUCAGUUUGGACUUUUUUUCUCUCAAUAGUCUGUUUGUGUAAAUUAAAUCACAGUAAAAACAAAGGCUCAGAAUUAAGUUUCAUCAACAUAAUUUGAACAGAAUACUCUUGAGUGUAAAGACAUUUAACAGCAUGAAGGACCUUCCUGCAGAAAAUAUUUCUUUCACAGACUUCAAAAUGAUUGGUUUUUACAGCCUAGGAGAAUGGAGACCUUUUUUAUUUGUCCCUUUCUUUCUGAUGUUUUUAUUGGCUAUCACAGCAAAUUCUAUUCUUAUAUAUUUAAUCACCACUAAAAAAUCUUUGCAUUCUCCAAUGUAUGUACUAAUUAGUCUUAUGGCAGUUGUAGACUUGAUAUUACCUAUAUUAUUUGUACCUAACAUGCUUCUGAACUUUUUGUUUAAUUGGAGUGGGAUAUCUUUAACUGGUUGUUUGAUACAGAUGUUUUGCCUUCAUUUUGUUGGAACAUUUCAGUCUACUUUGCUUUUGUGGAUGGCACUGGAUCGUUACUUUGCAAUAUGCAAACCUCUUUAUUAUCACAAAUACAUGGAAAUCCCUAACUUUCUAAAGUUUGUUGUUGUGCCAUUAAUCAGAAAUGUAAUCCUGGUGGUCAUUACGGUCUCUCUGGCUGGAAAACUGUCAUAUUGUUUAACAAAUUUUAUCGACCACUGUUUCUGUGAGCACAUGGCAUUGGUUCAGUUAGCAUGUGGGGAUAUAUCCAUUAAUAACAUUGCAGGACUUUUGACUGCUUUCCUUAUACCAACUGCAGAUUUUAUUCUUAUCAAUGUUUCUUAUAUUCUGAUUUUUACAUCUGUGUUCAAAUCUGGCAAAACUAACAUGAAGGCCUUAAACACCUGCAUUACUCACAUCAUUGUUAUGUCAUUUACUUUGACUUUUGCCUUGAUUGCAUUCUUGUCAUACAGAAUAAGAAAUAAUUUUUCUCCCAGUAGUCGUGUAUUUGUGAGCACAAUGUACUUGCUUUUUCAAGUUGUUUUAACCCAAUUAUUUAUGGAGUGAGAACAAAAGAAAUAAGACAAGCAUUUCUAAAGUUCAUAAAAACUGCAAAGGUCUUAGCCUUGCAAUGAAUUAAAUAAACAUGGAUGCUACUCUCAAAAAUGGAAAUACACUGACUCUGUCACUUUAAUAGAAGAAAUGAAAAAACAGCAUUUAGAAGGGAUUUCUAUUUUAACUGUAAUUUAAACUGUAAACUGUUUGAAUUUUAACUGUAAAAAUAUAAUUCCAUUAACUCAUUAACUAAAAUUUACAGAACCGUUCAGACCCAGACAGUGAAAGUCUCUUCAGUGGCAUUUCUAGUUUUUAAAACACCAAGGACUAAGGGGGAUUGGGUGGGGGUUUCAUUCUCAUAUUUCAUUCUCUUUCUCAUUUCAUUCUCUUUCUCUGCCCAAUUACAAGAUGUCUACAAAAAUGGCGAUUUACUUUUAUUAUACAUUUAAAUUUACA